AUGUCUGCAUUGUGGCUGCUUCUGGGCCUCCUUGCCCUGACUGACACAUCUGAAAGCAGCGAUUGGGGAUGCUACGGAAACAUCCGAACCUUGGUCACCCCCGGGGCAUCUUGUGGGACCGGAAGACGCCGUGGUCUGAACUACUGUGGAGUUCGUGCUUCCGAAAGGCUGGCUGAAAUAGACAUGCCAUACCUACUGAAAUAUCAAUCCGUGAUGUGAACUGCUGGCCAAAAGUACUGCGUGGAUCCUGCAGUGAUUGCUGGUGUCUUGUCCAGGGAGUCUCAGGGUGGCAACGUUCUGGUCAACAUGGGCAACAUGGGUGAUAGGAUUAGGGUGGUACAGGACGCUGGCUUGUCUGCACCCACAUCCUGGAUUAGUGAGUCCCAGGUUUCCCAGAAGACUGAGAUUCUUACUACUAGAAUCAAAGAAAUCCAGAGGGAGUUUCCAACCUGGACCCCUGACCAGCACCUGAGAGGUGGACUCUGUGCCUAUAGUGGGGGUGCUGGCUAUGUCAGAAGCAGCGAGGACCUGAGCUGUGACUUCUGCAAUGAUGUCCUUGCCCGAGCCAAAUACCUCAAGAGACACGGCUUCUGAGGCUUCAGGCGAAACCCAAGAUCAUUAUCAUA